AAAUCAUUAUUCUGAUGCUCACGUUUGUUGACAAUAUGGCGACAGAGGCAUGCUUACUUCCAACAGCAGACGAACAACAUGUUCUUGAUGACUGUGGACCCAUAGCCAUACAUUUAAGAAGUGGACAACCAACAGUUUGGAACCCUAAAGAUGCACUUAGACUGAGAGAAAAAUAUCGCAUUGUGGGUGUUCUGACUGGCUGUCUGCCUAGAGCGCCAAGACAAAAUGUACACCUAGGUCUUCCUCUUCAGCUGAUGUCCGAGGAGCUAACACUUCUACUGGAAAAAGGGUUUGCAGAAUUGCUAAAAGACAAACCAGUAUCUGAAGAGCAGAUUGCUAAAAGAGUUAAAAUAAUGCAAGCUCUUAAAACAAAGAAAUUUCAAGAGCAGCAAGAUCUUUACAAGCAAGAGAGACAGCAGGAAAUGAUACGCCAGCUUCCUAAUAUAAUUGAAGGGAAAAAAGCUAAAAGGCAACAUGCAAAGUCAUCAGAUGAUCAAACAGAUUCUAUCAAAGAGGAACUGUUGAAUGAAGAACUGGAAGUCAAGAGCAUGCCACUGACACCUACCCCCGAAAAACACAUGUUAGUGCAACUUUUGACAGAAAACCCUUGGGAAAAUGACACCAUGAGCGUGGAAGAAGACUGGGCAUAUCCUACAACUAGUUUUGAGAAGCUUCGUUAUGCAGUUUUCAAGGACCUAUGGGAGAAGGGCUUCUACCUAACAUCUGGCCAGAAGUUUGGAGGAGACUUUCUUGCUUAUCCAGGUGAUCCAUCAAGAUUCCAUUCUUUCUAUAUUGUAAUAUGUGUGGACUAUACACAAGACUUAUACACCCUUGAUAUAAUAUCAAUGGGGCGUCUUGGUUCAAAUGUGCGAAAAACCGUGCUGUUAUCUUCUCAAGAUGUUAAUGGACAGGUAAAAUACACUUCUCUUCAAUGGACUGGUCUUGCAUGACAGAUUAAAGAUAAAAAAAAUUAACUGCAAUUUUGUGUGUGUGCACAUUCAUGUUCAUCUGUAACUAUGUUUAAGCUGCAGUGGUUACCAGAUUAGUGUGCAGGUUAUUAAUCAUUAAUCAGAUUAUAUGAUUCAAGAUUAUGAUAAUAGAAUAAAUAUCAAAUCCAUUGACUUUAUAGCUGUGUUGCAUGCAAAAUUUCUCAUAUGCAAAGCAGUUUUUCCUUUUGUUUUUGUGGUGGGAAAAAGGGGUAUUUUGAUAUAGAGAUACAGAACAUGAAACUGAAAUCUUGUAAUACUUAGCUAAAUUACAGUGUUACCUCAGCCCUCAACCACAAACUGUUCUUGAAGGCUGGAUGAAUGCCAAGUACCACCACCAGCCCCAAACGUUCAUCCUGUUUAAUGUCAAUGCAUUUAAUUUGUUCUGGCACUAACUACCUUGUAUUAUUUGUAGUAUUUUAUAGUAUGAAAUAUAGAAAUAUAUUACUUAAUAUCUA